AUGGGAAUUGUGUACCAGACUGCAAUUUUCCUGUCGGUGGGGCAAUUGUCUGAGAUCCCCUCGUUCAUGGAUGCUCGUGAGGUUUUCUACAAACAGCGGAGUGCCAAUUUCUAUCGCACGUCUUCGUUCGUGAUCGCGUAUCUUACGGCAGCGUUUCCUGUGAUCGUGUGCGAGAGCGUUGUUUUCGGGUCUUUGGUGUAUUGGAUGUGUGGGUUCGUCGCGGAGGCUGGACCGUUCUUGGUCUUCUUACUGGAGAUGAUUCUAUCUAGUGUGGCUUUGAGCAGCUCCUACGUGGUGUUAUCUAUUCUGUCACCCAAUCUUGACGUGGCUCAACCGUUAUCCACGCUCUCCACUGUCCUUUUCAGCGUAUUCUCGGGUUUUGUGGUUCCUAUGACUCAAAUACCAGCGUUAUUCUCGUGGUUUAUAUUGGGUGAAUCCAGUGACUUGGUGUGUGCGUUCAGUGAUGGUGCCGGUAAGACCACGCUGAUGGAUGUCAUUGCCGGUCGGAAGACCGGGGGAUCAAUUCGUGGCGAAAUCAUGCUGAAUGGCUUCGUCGCCACUGAACGAGCUAUACGACGGUGCACCGGGUACUGCGAGCAACAAGACACGCACUCGGAAGGCUCGACAAUCCGUGAAGCGCUCACAUUUAGCGCUCUGUUGCGUCAAGACAGCAGCAUCUCGAUGGACGCCAAACGCGAAUCGGUUGAGGAGUGUUUGGAUCUUUUAGGAUUAUGUUUAAUCGCUGACCAAGUAGAGCAGAUGAAACGCGUGACUAUCGGCGUGGAGCUGGCUGCACAGCCCAGUGUUCUCUUCCUGGAUGAGCCAACAAGUGGGUUGGAUGCCCACUCGGCCAAGAUGAUCAUGGAUGGCGUCCGAAAAGUGGCAAACACUGGACGCACGGUCGUGUGUACAAUUCACCAGCCAUCGUCCGAUAUUUUCUUCCUCUUUGACAGCUUGUUGGUGCUGAAACAAGGUGGCGAAAUGGUGUUUUUUGGCAAUUUGGUCCAUUCUCUUCCGGAUCAACGCGAAUGUGGACAAUUGAUCGACUAUUUCGAGUCGAUUCCGGGUCUUCCUGGUCUGUCGGAAGGCCAAAAUCCAGCCACCUGGAUGCUCCAAUGCAUUGGGAAUCAGGGAAAACAUUUUGACUUUUAUAACCUUACGCGUCUUGUGAUUUCGAUGGGGUUUGGCGUAUUCUUUGGACUUUUACUCUUUCGUGGAAAUUACACUAGCUACCAAGGAAUCAACUCGGCGGUGGGUGUGAUCCUCAUGACAACGCUUAGCCAGGGCAACAUUUCGUUCUACAGCGUGCUCCCGUUCACUGGCAGAGAACGCGCUGCCUUCUAUCGAGAAAGAAACGCACAAACGUACAGUGUAGUGUGGUAUUUCUUGGGGUCGACGUCAGUGGAGAUCGCAUAUGCCUUCACCACAGGAUUACUCUUCUCCGCAAUCUUUUAUCCUAUGAUGGGGUUCACGUCGUUAAGUACGAAUCGGUUGUACUGGGUCAGCGUGUCGCUUUUCGUACUGGUGGAGACGUAUCUCGGACAAUUUCUGGUUUUCGCUCUGCCCACACUCGAGUUGGCGACAGUUGUGGGGGUUCUUUUGAACUCGUUCUUCUUGCUUUUCUCCGGCUUCAAUCCUCCGGCUGCGUCCAUUCCUAACGCGUACAAAUGGUGCUGUUACAUUUCCCCCCAUCGAUACGCACUGUCGAUCCUGGUUGCGCUCGUUUUCGGUGUUUGUUCGAAAGAACAGGGCGAGAACGAAUCCUCAGUAUUGAAGGAAAAACAACAGAUCGGCUGCCAAAUCCUCGAGGACGCCCCGCUCUCGAUUGGUCGAAUUACAAUUAAGGACUGCAUCGAGCAAGUCUUCAAUAUCAAGCACGACGACGUGUGGAUUCACUUUGAGUGCCUGCUCGCCUACGUAAUAAUUCUUCAAACAUUUUCGCUACUUACGCUUAGAUUCUUCAAUCACCAAAAACGAUAA